GAAUUCGUGGACGGUCUGCGCGCUAAGCUGAGCUUGAAGACUUGGCUCUUCUUCACAAUGCGAGAGAAGGGAGCAUGGCAACGCUGCCGAAAUACCUUCUAAUUAUUCAUUUGGACAUUUAACUGGCCAUUUCAAUGCGUGGCCGAGCGCACAGAGAACUUUUCCACCAUGAGAAUUCACUGCAAAAUCGUGGCGCUCGCGGUGUGCCUCGGAGUUUUCCUACUUUUGUACUUUUUCGGGGGCAACGCCGCGGACGAGCCCCCGCCGCUCAGGCGCGUUGAGGAAGAAGACCACAAACUUCCCAGUUUUCCAUCAGCGCCUGGACUUGGAAAAAUAGUUUCUGUGAAAGUGGUCAAGCCUCCCGAGCCUCCGAAACAGAUCCGUCCAAGUCGGAAAGAAGGCUACAGAGGAGGCAAUGCCAGCUCUAAGCUUAGGCAGAAGAGUGAGCCUGGCCAGUCUGGGGUAAAGGUCCCUCGGGUGGAGGACAUCAUGCACCUGGCUGUGGUUGCUUGUGGAAACAGACUAGAGGAAACUCUAACGAUGGUCAAAUCAGCACUCCUCUUCAGCAUCAAAAAGAUCAAGUUUCACAUCUUUGCCGAGGAGGAGCUGACAAAACAGUUUGAGAAAGAGCUGAGCCGCUGGCCACGGCCGCUCUCCUCCAAGCUCCAGUACACUCUUUACCCAAUCACUUUUUCCGUGGGGAACGCUGAGGAAUGGAAGAAACUCUUCAAGCCAUGUGCUGCCCAGAGACUCUUCCUUCCAGUCAUCCUGAAAGACGUGGACUCGCUGCUAUACGUGGACACAGAUGUCCUGUUUCUCCGGCCAAUGGAUGACAUCUGGAAAUUCCUGAAGGCCUUCAACAGCACUCAGUUGGCAGCCAUGGCUCCUGAGCACGAGAUCCCAAAAAUCGGCUGGUACAGUCGUUUUGCAAGGCACCCGUUCUACGGCGUUACAGGAGUCAACUCCGGGGUCAUGCUGAUGAACCUCACACGCAUUCGCAGCACUCUGUUUAAGAACAGCAUGAUCGCUAGCGGCCUGUCAUGGGAGGACUUGCUCCAUCCACUCUACCAGAAAUACAAGAAUCACAUCACAUGGGGGGACCAAGACCUCCUAAACAUUAUUUUCCACUACAAUCCAGAAUGCCUGUAUACAUUUCCCUGCCAGUGGAACUACAGGCCUGAUCACUGCAUGUAUGGCAGCAACUGUAAGGGGGCUGAGGAGGAAGGUGUAUCUAUUCUCCAUGGCAACCGUGGCGUUUACCAUGACGACAAGCAGCCAGCUUUUAAAGUGGUGUAUGAUUCUAUACGUGAUUAUCCUGUUGGAGAAAACUUCUUCCAGUCCUUGUUUUCUCCUCUCCAGACCAAAUUCUUGGACACAGUCAACACUCUAUGUGGCAGAGUUCCUCAGGUGUUUCUGAAGCAGAUCGAGAAGACCAUGAAAGCCGCAUUCGAGCAAAAAGUGGUCCGACACGCUCGGCCGAUACACAGACAGCAUCGCUGAACUGCACCGGAUGCUGCAGUUUACUAAACGACAAGGAGAAGAGCUGAUUCUCUAAAACCAGUGGUGUUUAUUUUUUUAUGGAACAUGUGCAAUACCAAGAACGCUGUGUGGUUUCUGGACCAGUGUUCUCUGUCUGGAAAGGAUGAAGCACAGCUUCUUGGAUAGACUGGGUUUUAAGCAGUGGUUAUUAUGGAAGAAAUGGCAGCUUGAUGAGGGGGUUGCUCUCCAAAGAACUGAACCAUUUAAUUAAAAGAGCAGUGGGGGAAAACAGUCCAUAAGGUUAAUACCUAGAAAGUGGGUAUAUGUUGAAUAAAUUUUAGCUGGAUUUUUAUUUUUUCUUCAGAGAAGUUAGUAUGAUAUGAAGUGAUGGAGAAAAAGUAACGUUUUUCUCUUACACGGCAUAACAGAGUGACAGAUUGCACAUGCUAUAUUAUUCGUUUGUCUCCUUAUUGCAAAGAAUAUUAAGAGAACUGCCGAGCACAUGCUCAGCAGACACAAAGAUGUAUUGAAAAUGCGAAGCAGGGACCAUUCUGUGGGUCAGACACAGGCAAGACCAGGGCGGUGUAGCACUUUGAAUGUGCAGUGUUCCUAUUCACAGAUAAUGGUGUAGAAGAAAGCAAAUGCCAGUCAGUGUUGCCUGGGGGCAGCGCCGUAGAACUGAGUGACUUUAUUGCCUGAUAAUGGGCCACUUUUAUUCAUUUCAGUAGUCAGAUUGCGUUCACUGUUUUUGUCUCUCGGGAACUAAAAUCCUGGUUUACAUAUCCACCCAGUCUACAACAAAGCCCUGCCCCGGUCAUAAGCCAUAAAUAAUGUGAAAUCUGCAUACUUUCCUGUGAUCAUAAUGAGGUACAUUUCCAUUUUUUUGACAUGACAGUAUUAUGAUAUAAACCACUACAAUACAAUAUUGUCUGGUUUAAAAAACAAAGAGAAGACCCUGCUUGAUUCUGUUUUUAGAGGGGUUUUUUUGUGUGAAAUGCAUGCUUCUAAAAUUGGAUACGACACAGAUUUGACCUCUCCUAGGCUUCUACAAGCCAUAAAAUAUGGCAGUAAAAUUGCUUUUGGAAACUAAUAUACUGCUAAUGCAGCAGCAAUAUUCCAAGACAUUUGUGCUAUUAUUUCCAUCUUGUGGCAAGAAGCGAUAAAAAAAACCCCAAAAAAAACAGAAACUCGUCCAGGACCGUGUUUUUCCACUCUGUGCUCCUUUCAAGGUUGUGCGAUGUUCUGCACAUACUGCUCAUUAAUCAUCAUUCCCUUGAAGUGUGUUGCAUACAUAACAUGCACAGCAUUGCGUAUGUGGUGCGCAUCUUCAAGUCAAUGUCCUAUUGAGCGUUUCCAAAAUCCUGCCACCUCCUUAUCAGGCGGGGAACAGAAACUAGUGGGAUCAAGCCGAUGAGUAAAUAAUGAUUUCAUCUAACAACAAAUUUAGAGAGAACAUUUACAUUACUCAUUCAUAAUACAAACAAUAACAUGAGGUUGUGAUGCUAAAUUGUUUUAAUGCUUGUGAGCGUGGUAGAUGUGUGUUGGGGAAAAAAAAUCCAUCUUAAACGAGUUCCAUAUUAUGCUUAAGUAUCGAUAAUUAUUAUUAUUAAAAAUAAUUUUAAAAUAAUAUGAGAUCUUCAGUGGCAUCCAGGCCACUUUUUUUUUUUUUUUUUUUUGGUAAUGAAAUUCUGAAUUAAACUUCUUUUUCUAUUCAUUUCACUGAAAGCUUUCCUACAUUACCCACAAUGCCAUUUUGACUCACGUUUCAUUCGAAGUAAAACAAAUAAAUAAAAAUACAUGGACGCUUCCAUGUUCAUCUUUACUCAGCAACAAGCUAUCCAUCAAACUAUGAUGUACGAGUGAUGUAUAUUUUCUUCUCAGAACAGCAAACUGCAUAGUCAGUGUUCUAGAUUUAACAAGCGAAUGUAUCUCUCUUGAUCUAUCUAAUGCAAACAUAUACAACAUAACUCAAAGGUAAGAAGCAAUACUUUGUUUACUUCUGAUUCAAAGCGCAGUCAUGUUAAUGUGACGCCAUUCCACAACCUGGAAAGAAGCUCAUAGUUGAAAAGAUUACCAGGAGUUAACAAAUUGGGAUUUCAUGUUGAGGGGAAGUUUUCUUUGGAUUUUCCUAGUCGGAGGUUGGGAAUUACAAGUUGCCACCUUGAGUCAAAUACAGCACUCUCUACCUGAAGUGUGGUGAAUGCUGGAAAAGGGUGGGAGAAAAAAGAAGCUCUUUCACAUUUGUUUUUAAGAGCCAUUACUUCCAAUACCUUUUCUCCUGUUCAACACAGUUUUAAGUGUUAAUGUAAAUACAGUACCAACUCACACAUUAGCACCAGGUUAAAUAAUCACAUUGUAUUUAAUGAAGGUUAAUUUACUGUCAUUGCUCUUUAUAUUAGGAAUAACUGUACACCUACUCAAUUAAGCAGUUAACUAAUGAACCAAUCGUGUGACGGCAUGAUAAUGCAUACAGUCCUACAGCUACAUGAGCAGAAGACCACAUCAGGUUCUAUUCCUGUCCAACAAGAACAGGACCCUAAGGCUACAGUGGGCAUAGACUCACGCAAACUGCACAUUUGAAGACUGGAAAAAAAAAAACUAAAAUCAGUCUGUGUCCAUUGUAGCCUCAGCUUCUUGUACUUGACUGAAAGUUGUGGAAUCCAAUGUGAUCCUCUGCUGUUGUAGCUCAUCCACCUCAAGCUUUGUUGGUUUGUAUGUACAGAGAGGCUUUAUUUAUAAAGCAUGAUUAUUUCAGUCUCUGUAUCCUUCUUGUUGGCUUGAUACUAACCAGGCCAUUUUCCUCUGAGCUCUCGCACCAAGAGGGCACCAAGAGAACCUGAUGUUUUAUUGUUUUUCAUAUUAUUCUGUGCAAACUCUAGCAAUUGCUGUUUUAGAAAUUCCCAGGAGAUCCUGGUUCCAACAAUGCCACAGUCAGACUCACUGAGAUAACACUUUUUCUUCAUAAUGAUGGUGCAUGUGAACAUUAUCUAAAGUUGUUACCUGUAUCUGUAUGAUCUUGUACAUCACAAUGCAGCCACACGAUCAUGAGUAGGUUUACGGGUGUUCCUAAUAAAGUGCUUGGUAAGUGUCUUUGCAAGAUGAAUUUUCCUUUAAGUAGUUAUACUUAGUUUGGAAGCAUACAUUUCACAUAAACUUAAAAAACGCACCAAAAUUGUUUACCAAAUUUUUGUAAACAGUGUAUUUUCCCAUGGUAAGCACUGACCAUGUCAGAUCACCAAAUUAACUCUCUUCAUAAACUUCAGAAUUACAGAAAUGACUCUGUCUCUAUAAACUCUAACCUGCUAAAUAUCGUGUGAUGCUUUUAUUUCAAUCCUUUAUACUGGUGAUUGAUUGCUUAUACAUAUUUUUAUUUUGAAGGUCUGAGAAAAUAGUGUUGUAAAUAAUAUGACAAUGUGACCAUCAGCACAGUGUGCUUUUUCUUAUCUGGGACUGGUUUCCAGCAGCACCCCACUGCUGAUGAAGUGGAACAUUCUGAAAACAUACGAUGCUAUAUAUUUUUUGUUUUGUUUUGUUUUUCUUUGAAAUCGGACUUGUCCAUGCAUGUCAGAAAUGUCAGAAAUAAAAAUGCACAAGCUUU